AUGCAGUUGGGGAACGUAAAAUUUUUGGAUUCCCUAAACUACUUUCCGAUGGCCCUCUCAGCACUAUCAAAAGCUUUCGGGUUGGAUGACAAAUUUAAAAAAGGAUAUUUUCCUCAUUUAUUUAACACCUGGGAAAACCAAACAUAUAUUGGUCCCAUGCCAUCCAUUAAAUAUUACAACCCAGACAUAAUAAAGGAGGAUGCACGAAAUAAAUUUUUAAAAUGGUACGAAGAGCACAAAUACGAUAAGUUUGAUUUCCAAAAAGAAUUUAUUGAUUACUGGGUUUCUGACGUAGACAUUUUGACGGAAGCCUGUCUCAAAUUCAGAGAAUAG